AUGCAGCUAGGGCGCUUCCCAACGCAAUCUACGCCCAGUGGAAUAUCUUCACCGCAAGACCGAAGCUACUCUCCCGCGCCACCUCGAAGGCCGCACCAGGCUGGUGGCAGCUUGAGACCUGGUAUAAACCCUCGAUCUUCGUCCCUAUCCAUAGCUGCGUCGCCGUCUACAUCUACCCAUAGUCUCUCUUCAACCGUGAAGCAAGCCAAUGGAUCACAAUUGAGGCGGCAGUUCAACGGCCCUACCUCUGCCGACAUCUCUGAUCCUCUUUUGGUACUUCAAGAGAUAGUUGGUAGUCCAUCGAGAAGACAAGCUUUGAUCGAUAAAAAUGGCUUCCAUGACGUCGGGGUCGAGAGGCCAGUGGGCCUCGAAGAGAACAUAGAUUUCGGAGGCCUCAGUCUUGAAGCAUUCGCAAAGCAAGAUUUUACUAGCCGUCAUGUUCCUUUGCAUGUACAUACUUAUAGUGCACACUCAGCCCAAGAAUAUGACCAAGAAAGAGACAAGUUCGAAGAUCUUCACCGCUCGAUAUUGGCCUGUGACGAUGUUCUCAAAUCGGUGGAGAUAUACUUGACGAAUUUCCAGACAGACCUGGGAGCUGUUUCAGCAGAAAUCGAAACUCUGCAGUCGCGAUCCAUGAGCCUGAACAUGCAACUUGAUAAUCGAAGAAAGGUCGAGAAGCUUCUCGGACCGUCAGUUGAAGAGCUUGGAAUCCCUCCUGCGGUAGUGCGCAAAAUUUCAGAGGGCGUGAUCGAUGAAAGCUAUUCUCGAGCUCUAAUGGAGCUAGAGAAGCGAUAUAAGGCGUUGAUGGGGAAGCCUGACAAGUCUAUGAAAGCGCUUGAAGAUGCCAGACCCUUCAUAUCCAGCUUAACCGACAGGGCUAUCGAGCGCAUACGCGACCACAUUGUUGCGCAAGUCAAGGCCAUACGAUCCCCGAGCAUAAACGCCCAGAUAAUCCAACAGCAAGCAUUUCUACGUUACAGGGACCUAUACGCUUUCCUAGCCAAACAUCAACCCCAACUUGGGUCUGACAUAUGUCAAGCGUACGUGAAUACGAUGCGUUGGUAUUAUCUGACCAACUUUACACGCUAUGAGAAGGCACUUGAACAAUUAAAGAUGCAUACAAUUGACAAACAUGAAGUUCUGGGUCAAGAGGAAACUAAUAAGAGGACUAGCUUGUUAAGUAGCUCACGCACACCCGGGACAUCUCACGAUUCGUUUGCUUUAGGCCGCCGCAUGGAAGUGUUGAGGCAUGCUUCUCAUGGAGCCCUCACAGCCUAUCUUGCCGAAGAGGAUAAAUCAAGUCACCACAUCGAAGUACCUUUUCGUACAUUCAACCUCGCGUUGAUCGAUAAUGCCUCUUUCGAAUACACGUUUCUUACGUCUUAUUUCAGCCCUUCGCAUUCACAUCAUACUCUUUCACGAACAUUCGUAUCUGUGUUUGAGCCCACGUUUGCGUUAGCUCAAGCUCUGACGAAGAAACUUAUCGAGAAUACAACAGAUGCGUUUGGAAUACUGUUAUGCGUACGCCUAAAUCAGCAUUUCGCAUUUGAGUUACAACGGCGCAAAAUUCCUGCCGUUGAAGGAUACAUCAACGCGACAAAUAUGCUCCUCUGGCCACGGUUCCAACAGAUCAUGGAUUUGCAAUGUGAAUCCCUACGUCGUAUGAACGUGACGGGGGCAUCUAGCAGUUUGCUCUCGCCGACCAGCGCUCCCUCGACAGCUCCUCAUCCUUUGACACAAAAAUUCGCAAGCUUUCUUCAAGGUAUAGCUGCUCUCAGUAGUGAAGCUGGAGAUGACGAACCGGUCACAAAUAGUUUGACACGGUUACGGAGUGAGUUCGAGGCCUAUCUCACCAAACUGAGUAAAGCAAUCAAUGAACAAAGGAAAAGGGAGCGGUUUCUAUACAACAACUAUAGUCUAGUAGGUACCAUUCUAGCAGAUACCGAUGGACGUCUCGCGGGUGAGCUGCGGGCCCAUUUCGAGGCUUUGAAGACCGCCUUCUCUCGAGGCAAAUGA